AUGCAUCCGGCUACCCGCGGCAACAACAUAUCACGUUCAAACCCAAUCCCCGUCGCUCCAAACAUCGUCGCAACACACACGCUCUCGACCGAUCUUGGGUCCGGAUUUGAUGGGCAGGCCCGUCACAGUUUUUGGAGCCCCCGUGUUCGCUAUCCUGCUCCUCAUCUAAACGUAUUGUUCAAGAAUAAGAAGCAUCAUCAACUAGACCCAGAUUCAUCAGGCAGUAACAGAGGCAGUACAAAGACCCAGAGUAUAUUCCACAAGUUCAGGGAUAUCACGAAGCCAGCCUCCAAGCUCAUGCAUCCUCGCGGUCUGCGGUAUCCAGUCAUCCAGCCCGUCACGAAUCACCCUCUCGGUCCACCACCCGCCCCCAUUCCUCAUGACCUGGGCCCCCUUCAUCUCCGCGUCAUAGAAAGUUUCCAGGAGCAGCUUAUUUGGAACCACAUCUCGGACAAGCAGAGGGUUAUAACUGCGGAGAGGGCUGCCGCCGCAAAAAUAUACCUCGAGACGUACUACAGGGAGGUGCUCAGCGAAGGCCCGACACCCCGCGAAGUACGCUUAACCCGGUUCCAAUUCGAUAUGGACCAACAAGCAAGCUAUCUGGAACAAUGGGAGAGGGAAGAGCGCUGGAAAUCGACAACCUCUGAAGUUGGCGCAACUCGAGGCUCAGAGUUGGAUAACCUGGAGACACUUCAAAUUCUCGGAAAAGGUAGUUUUGGAGUUGUCAAGCUCGUCCGAGAUCAUUCUCGCCGGCAGGUAUACGCCAUGAAGGUCAUUCGAAAGUCGGACAUGAUUCGAAGCUGCCAAGAAGGGCACUUGCGAGCAGAGAGGGACUUACUGGCUGCCUCUGAGAGCUCCCAAUGGAUCGUGUCUUUGAUAUCCAGUUUUCAAGAUCCUACGAACCUCUACCUCCUGAUGGAUUAUAUGCCCGGAGGUGACUUCCUUGGCUUGCUUAUACGCGAGAACACUCUGACCGAGGAGAGAGCUCGGUUCUACAUCGCCGAGAUGGUCAUAUGCGUCGAAGAGGCACACAAACUUGGAUGCAUCCAUCGAGACGUUAAACCGGACAAUUUCCUCAUCGGCGCCGACGGUCACCUGAAAAUAUCGGAUUUUGGACUGGCCUUUGACAACCACUGGUCGCAUGACACGUCUUACUACAAGUGGCACAGGCAAGUGUUGCUUUCACUGAUGGGCGUUAGACUGGAUGGAGAUCGCGAAGACCGGAGAGCGGCCCGUGGCGGGGGUCACUCAAGGCGGCGAUCGUCUCAGGCAGAAUCUUCAAAACAUACACCUCCAUCUGAUAUCGUUCAGUCCGACGCACUAUUCGUUCCCCCGACGGUACCGGGUAUGCCUGAGAGCGAACCUCCAAUGGUCGACACGCUGCUUGAAUGGAGAAACGCCGCGACCAGCCGGUCAUACGCUCGCUCCGUCGUGGGAACAAGCCAUGUUGGAGUCAUCUUGUACGAGUGCCUUUACGGGCACACGCCGUUCCUCUCGGAUAAGGGCCGGCACUACACCAAGCAGAACAUUCUUAACCACCAAACCACACUGGUUUUCCCCAUUGAAAGAAACACCGUCUCAAAGACGUGCCGGCAUCUGAUCAGGGAUUUGCUUCAGGACAAGAAAGACCGCCUCUCAUCGCCAAAGUACCGUGAUCAAGACGACCGACGAGCCCGACAAAAGCUUCUGGGUCGUCCGCAAACCCCACGCAGCUACGUUUUCCAGAACGAUGCGAUUGAGAUCAAGGCGCAUCCGUGGUUUCGGGGCGUUCCUUAG